UAAAAUACGUUUUUUAUCACUCCGUGUCGCUGGGCUGGCUUGACUCUACAGGAAAUUCCUUGUUUUGAGAAACGUCGCUGACCUCACGGAGUCUACAAACAGGCAGCGCAGCUAUAAAAGUCUGGACACCACAUUGGCCUCGGGUACAGCGCGAGCUAGUGGUGGCACUGGAGUUCCCAUGUACGCCACGCGAGACGUAGGGAUGCUCCUGUUCGGACUCAUAUGGACCGCCUGCUUCGUCCUGGAGGAGACGCAGGCGUGGGGCUACAAGAAUGGAAUACUGCAUAACUCCAUAUGGCUGGAGCAAGCAGCUGGGGUGUACCACCGUGAGUCGCGCAAAGGGAGGUACCAGCUGACGUACUUGGAGGCCAAAGCGGUGUGCAGAUUUGAGGGGGGGAAACUAGCCACCUACGACCAGUUGGAGGCAGCCCGGCAAAUAGGGUUUCAUGUUUGCGCUGCCGGCUGGUUCGAUCGAGGCCGUGUUGGCUACCCCAUUGUCAAAUCCGGCUCCAACUGCGGCUUUGGCAAAGUCGGAAUCAUCGACUACGGCUACAGGUUGAACAAGAGCGAGAGGUGGGACGUCUACUGCUACAACCCCACCGCAAAAGAGUGUGGGGGAGUCUUGACCGACCAGCAGCGGAUCAUCCAGUCGCCAAGGUACCCAGAGGAGUACGAGGACGAGCAAAUCUGCUACUGGCACAUCAGGGUGCGCUACGGUCAGCAGAUCCGGUUGCGAUUUCUUGAGUUUGACGUGGAGGAGGACACGGGCUGUCUCGCAGAUUACCUGGAGAUCUACGACAGCUAUGAUGACAUCUCGGGCUUUGCCGGGAGAUUCUGUGGUGAUGAACUCCCAGAAGAUUUACUCAGCACAGGGAACGUCAUGACUCUGAAGUUCCUGUCAGACUCUUCAGUCACAGCAGGCGGGUUCCAGCUGGAGUACCUGGCCAUUGAUGUACCUGACCCCACUACCUCUGAACCCUUUAUUCCAAUGCCUAACCCCAUCUCUGAGCCCUUAAUUGCAAUGACUGACCCCAUCUCUGAGCCCUUAAUUCCAAUGACUGACCCCAUAUCUGAGCCCUUAAUUCCAAUGACUGACCCCAUCUCUGAGCCCUUCAUUCCAAUGACUGACUCCACCUCCUCCAACACCUCUGAGCCAUUUAGUCAACUGAUUGACCCUACUUUCUCCUCCAACACUACUGAGUCCUUUAAUGAAAUGAUUGACCCCACCUCCUCCAACACAUCUGAGCCCUUCGGUCUUAUGACUGACGACUACUCCAACACCUCUGAGCCCUUCGGUCCAAUGACUGACCCCACCUCCUCCACAAACACCUCUGAGCCUUUCAGUCCUAUGACUGACGACUACUCCAACAUCUCUGAGCCCUUUGGUCCAAUGACUGACCCCACAUCCUCCACAAACACCUCUGAGCCUUUCAGUCCGAUGACUGACGACUACUCCAACACCUCUGAGCCUUUCAGUCCGAUGACUGACGACUACUCCAACACCUCUGAGCCCCUCGGUCCAAUGACUGACUCCACGUCCUCCUCCAACACAUUUGAGACCUUUAGUCCAAUGGCUGACCCCACCUCCACCUCCAACACCUCUGAACCCUUUACUUCAUUGACUGACCAAUGACAGAGCAGAUCAGUGGUUCCAGUUGUUUUUAAACCAUAUGUCGUAUUUAUGUUUUCACUUUUGUAACCUACUUUUUUAGUGUGGUAUAUUAAAAAUAUACCCCAUUCAA